AGUGCCCGGCUGCGGGAGGAGCCGCGGCCCGGCAGGACGGGCUGAGGGAGGCCGGAGCGGGCGAGGGGCCGAGGGCGGCCCAGGCGCCGAGGGCGGCCCAGGCCGACGUCGCCGGCCCUCCCCGACCUCGCCUCGGCGCUAGCCCGGCUCCGUCCCGCGAUGGAGCGGCGGGACCUCUGGGGAGCUGCCGUCGCCUUCCGUCUGUGAGCCGCUCCCCCUCCCUCGGGCCUCGUCCUCCGCCGUGGGCCGGGCCUGUCUCUGCGCUCCUCGGGCGGUCGGCGACGCCCCCGUUCUCUCGGGCCUCCUCGUCCCGUUCCCCCCACCCCGCCCAGCGGGCUGGUGGCGACAGCCAGGAAAUGGUCCGGGCCUAGCGGAGCGGCGAACGGAGCAACAUGAACCGUGAAGACCGGAAUGUGCUGCGUAUGAAAGAAAGGGAAAGGCGAAAUCAAGAAAUUCAACAGGGUGAAGAAGCCUUUCCACCUAACUCUCCUCUCUUUGCUGAACCAUACAAAGUUACCAGCAAAGAAGACAAAUUGUCUAGUCGCAUUCAGAGCAUGCUUGGUAAUUAUGAUGAAAUGAAGGAUCUUAUAGGAGAUAGAUCGCUACAAAAGCUUGUUGGAAUUCCUAAGCCAACUGUACCAUCAACACCAGAUGAAAAAUCAAACCAAAGUUUCUUUGGUGACCAGAGACAUAAUACUAGCUCACAUCAGAGCAGCAAAUGGACUCCUGUAGGACCAGCACCUAGCACUUCCUCGCAAUCUCAGAAACGGUCCUCGGGUUUACAGAGUGGACACAGCAGUCAGCGUGGCAGUGGCAAUAACACUAGCGGUAGUGGCCAGAGGCAUGACCGUGACUCUUACAGUAGCAGCAGUAGCCGCAAAAAAAGCCAGCAUGGAUCUGAACACUCCAAACCCCGUUCUUCCAGCCCUGGAAAACCAUCUGCUGUUUCUUCACUGAGCUCCAGCCAUUCAAGAUCUCAUGGAAAUGAUCACCACAGCAAAGAACAUCCACGUUCAAAAUCUCCCCGGGAUCCUGAUGCCAACUGGGACUCUCCCUCCCGUGUACCCUCAUUUUCAAGUGGACAACACUCUAAUCAGUCUUUUCCACCUUCACUAAUGUCCAAGUCCAGUUCAAUGUUACAGAAACCCACCGCAUAUGUGAGGCCGAUGGAUGGGCAGGAAUCCAUGGAACCAAAGUUAUCCUCCGAACACUACAGCAGUCAGACUCACAGCAGCAACGUGAAUGAGCUGAAGCCUAACAGCAAAGCACAUCUAACCAAGCUGAAAAUACCUUCUCAGCCACUAGAUGCAUCAGCAUCUGGUGAUGUGAGCUGUGUGGAUGAAAUUCUGAAAGAGAUGACCCAUUCUUGGCCUCCUCCACUGACUGCUAUUCAUACACCAUGUAAAACUGAACCAUCAAAAUUUCCUUUUCCAACAAAGGAGUCUCAACAGUCCAGUUUUGGCACUGGAGAACAGAAACGAUAUAAUCCUUCAUCAAAAACAUCCAAUGGUCAUCAAUCCAAAUCAUGUGAAUCGAACCAGACAGAUAUGUUGAAAGAUGACUUAAAACUUAGCAGUAGUGAAGACAGCGAUGGAGAGCAGGACUGUGAUAAGACAGUGCCAAGGAGCACACCUGGAAGUAAUUCAGAACCUUCACAGCAUAACAGUGAAGGAGCAGAUAAUUCAAGGGAUGACUCUAGCAGCCACAGUGGAUCUGAAAGCAGUUCAGGAUCUGACUCUGAAAGUGAAAGCAGUUCCAGUGAUAGUGAAGCUAAUGAACCGUCACAGAGUGCAUCCCCUGAGCCUGAGCCACCACCAACAAACAAGUGGCAACUGGAUAACUGGUUGAACAAAGUUAAUUCACAUAAAGUGUCACCAGCUUCUUCUGUGGACAGCAAUAUCCCAUCCUCCCAAGGCUACAAAAAAGAGGGACGGGAACAGGGGACAGGGAGUGGGUACACUGAUCAAAGUGGAUCCAAGGAUUCCAUUUCAUCUACUCCAGGGCGAGAUUCCAAACCCACCCAAAAGGGCUCAGAGAGCAGUCGCGGCAGGCAGAAAUCACCUGCCCAGAGUGACAGCUCAACACAAAGGAGGACUGUAGGUAAAAAGCAGCCCAAGAAAGCAGAAAAGACAUCUGUUGAAGAGCCUAGAGGAGGUCUUAAAAUAGAAAGUGAAACCCCAGUAGACAUGGCAACAAAUAUACCUUCAAACAGGCACAAGGCAGCCACAAAAGGCUCCAGAAAACCCAAUAUAAAGAAAGAGCCCAAAUCUUCCCCUCGGCCUACAACAGAGAAAAAGAAAUACAAGGCUUCGAGCAAAUCUGCCCAGAAAUCCAGGGAAUUCAUAGAAACAGAUACCUCAUCCUCUGAUUCAGAUGAAAAUGAGAGCCUGCCUCCUUCAUCACAAACACCCAAAUACUCUGAGAGCAAUAGGACUCCUGUUAAAUCUUCCAUGGAGGAGGAUGACAGCUUUUUUCGGCAAAGAAUGUUCUCUCCUAUGGAAGAGAAAGAGCUUCUUUCACCACUCAGUGAUCCUGAUGAAAGGUACCCACUUAUUGUGAAGAUUGACCUGAGCCUCUUAUCAAGAAUACCAGGGAAGCCUUACAAGGAUGCUGAUGCACCCAAAGUGGAAAAGAAGAGCAUGCCAGAGAAGCAUGCAAGGGAAUCCCAGAAGCAGCCAUCUGACAAAAGCUCUACAAAAGGCAAAAGGAAACAUAAACAGAAUGAGGAUGAAAACAGAGCCAGUGAAAGCAAGAAAACGAAACUGGAAGAAAAAGCUCCAUCAGGACACAAGACUUCUAGCAGUAGGGAAUCUUCAAAGCCCAGUGCUGUUAAAGAGAAGGAUUUACUGCCGUCUCCUGCUGCCCCAGUCCUGCAGAAAGAUUCCAAGCAAGAACAUGGGUCCCGGAAGAGGACGGUCAGUCAGUCCUCAUCCUUGAAGUCCAGCAGCAACCUUAGCAAGGAGAGUAGCAGUGGCAGUAAAAGUAGCUCAUCUUCAAAACAAAAGAAGACGGAGGGGAAGGGUUCUAGCAGUGCUAAAGAGACCAAGGAAAAGAUUUUGAACAAUUCAUCGAACUGCCCUCCUGCCUCUGCUCAGUCUACGGAAAGUUCAAAGUCAAGAAGAGCUAAACUUGUUUUUGAUGAUAGGACUUACUCAGCUGAUCACUAUUUACAAGAAGCAAAGAAGUUAAAACAUAAUGCAGAUGCAUUGUCUGACAGGUUUGAGAAGGCUGUGUACUACCUAGACGCUGUAGUGUCAUUCAUCGAGUGUGGGAAUGCAUUGGAGAAAAAUGCUCAGGAAUCCAAGUCCCCGUUCCCUAUGUAUUCAGAAACUGUGGAAUUAAUCAAAUACACUAUGAAACUGAAGAAUUACUUGGCCCCGGAUGCAACGGCUGCAGAUAAAAGGCUGGCAGUGCUUUGUCUUCGGUGUCAAUCUCUACUAUACCUAAGGCUUUUCAAACUGAAAAAGGAAAGUGCAUUGAAAUACUCUAAAACUCUGACUGAACAUCUGAAGAAUUCCUAUAAUAAUUCUCAAGCACCAUCACCUGGUAUGGGAAGCAAGCCUGUCGGGAUGCCGUCUCCAGUCUCUCCAAAGCUGUCUCCAGGGAAUUCAGGAAAUUACUCUUCCGGGGCAGCCAACCCUUCAGGGAGUGGGUCUUCGGUGACGAUCCCCCAGAGGAUCCAUCAGAUGGCAGCCAGCUAUGUCCAAGUUACAUCCAACUUCCUCUAUGCCACUGAAAUUUGGGACCAAGCCGAACAGCUGUCUAAAGAACAGAAAGAGUUCUUUGCUGAACUGGAUAAAGUUAUGGGCCCUCUGAUUUUUAAUUCGAGCAUCAUGACAGACCUAGUGCGUUACACCCGUCAGGGAUUACACUGGUUGCGCCUGGAUGCCAAGUGAUAUUGUGAACUGAAGGAAUGGAAAGUCAAACACAUCAUUCUCGCUGCCUCCAAUUUAUCUCCACAACACUGUGUCAUGUCAAUAAGGAAGACUGCCAUAACACAUUGCUUAGUUGACACUAAGAGCAAGGAAUGCUUUCACAUGUCUCCCAUUCUCAUUUGUGUUUUGUGUUUUAACCCCAAAUCAUCUGCUUAAUGGACUUCCUCAGUAUUCCCAUUUUAAGUUAUUUAAAUAUUUUAAAAUUUGCUACAUGUAAAGGUGUAGUUUUGCUGAUCUGUCAUGGAUAGAUCAUUGGAAUUCCGGUCAUAAUACAGAAAUAGUCAGUUUAAAUCCUAUUUAUUUUAAUUUUGAAGAGCCCAAUUUGGGGCAGUUUUUAGCUAUUUCUUCUCUAAAUUUACUCUUUUGAGUACUUAGCAGAAACUAAACAUAGACACUUUAUUUAAGUACAUUGUGAGCUUUGUUACUCUGUAAUGUCUUGUGGUGGUAGAGCCCAUAAAAGGAACUAGGGUUGAUAGGUUCUAACGUGUAGGGACACCAUACUUUUCAUGCCUAAUGCCUAUGAGUCAACUAAUAAAUGACAACUACAGAUUUAUUAUUGCAGAAUUUGUACUAAAUAGAAAAGUUCCAGAUAUUCUUCUAUGUAUUAAGAUACUUCAUUUAAAUGAAUUAUAAAGAAAUUUAUAUGGAAAAGUAUUUAGCUGGAUCUGGCUUGGAUUGUUUUCAAGGCAGUUUCAAAACCUAGAUUAACACUAUAACAAUCACAAAACAUUACAGUAAUUUGCAUUUAAUGUAAUACCGAAGUCAUGGUGUAGGAGUGAACUUGAGUCCGAUCGGUGCGAUGCAUACAGGAAAGGCUUCUGAAAAGGACAAUCUUGUGCUUCUUUUGCAUCUCUUCAUUUAAAAUAACAUUUUUCUUUCCGUGCUUGUCAUUUCUUGACACUUCAUCGGCGAGCUUUGUGGUUAAAAACCCAGCGAUAGUUAAAUUCCUACGUGAAUUGUCAUUUGCAUCUUUUUCAUUGACUGAGAAACCAGGAAUCUUAAGUAGAAAUUGAGGUCCAUUUUUUCUUUUAGGGUCUGAUAGGUAACGGACACUACAGGAUGACAGUGCAACAGCCAUCGUGGGGUGGGAGCACACCUGCUGUUACAGGGAAAUUGACUGUUUUGUUGCAGAGUGGAUUUAAAACUCGUAUUUACCCCGUGUUAAUGAAGGUCCCGUUAAUAUUUGAUGGAGCAUAAUAUUCACUUGCGAGGGAGCGCCUUGGUGCAACAGAAAUGGUUUACGUAGUUGCGACCGAGUGCUCUCAGAGUGUAAACCAAAGUACCUUUCCAAGUGAGGUGCUUAUCUGAGUAAAAGGUUGAAACUGCUACUGCUUUCAGUAUUGCUUAGUGCCCCCAACAUGUCUGGUGUGCCUUAUACCUUACUUUUAGGUGAAGAUUUUAUGAACUGUUUACAAGAUGUUUUACAGCAGGACCAGGUAUACUGUAUGCAGUGGUCUUCUGCAGUACUUUGGUAAAAUUCCAUUUCCUUUUUAAAAGUACUAGUGUCUGUCACACAAACUGACUUCUCAUGGCGGUGGUCUCCUUUCGAAGAGUCAAACUCUGAAUCAUUUGGAGUGAGAUUGUGGAAUGCUGCUUUGUUUUCUCUCCCAUCGAACCCUUUAUUCUGUACCAGACAUGAACGUGCAUGUUCAGGAAGAUGAUUGCACUAAAUUUUUUGUGUAGUUGUAGUUAAGUGCCAAAGUCACGGCAACCUCGAGAGAAGGAAUAGAAUUCUACGCUACUUAGUACUGCAGUAUGUCCUAUGGGCUUUAAGAGUUUAGAAGUUUUGCAAAUUAGUAACCUACUAAAAGGUAGUUGCAUAUUCGUAGAGCUUCCUUUGCGUUACAGCGUGUUUUGUACUUCCAGAAAAGCUUUGCUACGUACGAGUUGAUACAUGGUUAACAGACCUGAGACUUUUUCCAUGACAGCUGAAUUGACUCAUCGGGUCUGUCGGAGCAUCAUUUUUAUUGAAUCACUGUGCGAGGUCACGUUUCUGUUAGUGUUUGCUGUUCGAGACAGAACUCUGUACCCUCAAACUCUGCAUCUCGGUUAACGGGACACUGUCAACUGUUUUUCCUUUAAUACUCUAAAGUGCCUAGCACACUUUUGACGCUAUAUAAAAAAUACCUUUGUAGAAGUUGCAGUCAUAGUUUAUUUUUUGUGUAGUGCUGCACUAGCCAGCAUGGCUGUGUUUUGGCUUGCUCCUUUGUGCACAGUUACCAUUACUGUUAGCAGCAAUGGUCUCAUCUCUGGGAAUUUUUUUUUCCUUAACUAGAGUCCCACAAAUACCUUUUGGUGUCACGCUGAAUUGGUCUCUUAAAAAUGUGUCACUUAUCCCUAGAUCAGUGAAUCUUAAUAAAUUGUCUUCAGACGACCAGAAGACUUUUUACAUCGUGUCAAAAUGUGGACCUGAACUGGUUGAAAGUGUCCCACCUAAGCAGUGUAUGUCGUAGUGAAAUAUCCACUAGAGUGCUGUCCCGGGUCUUCUGUCUGUAUGGGAAGUGUGCAGUGGUCUUGUUAAUUGAAAAGAAAUGCCUUACGCAUCUGUAGCUAUUUCAAACAGAUAAAUUGAAACUUUGCUAUUCCAAAAGCAUAUCCUAAUUUGGGAUCUACUGUUGUUUCUGAGAGAACAGUUAUGCAAUUUGUCAGAUUUCAUAGCUAAAAAAAAAAAAAAAAAGAAAUGCAAGUAGGUGAUAGGUUUCCAUCCUUCUGUCCCAAGGGCGGGUGAACGGCCCAAAGACAUCCUUCCGAACUGCCGCGUGUCCCCUCGGUCCCACUGCACUGGUGGCUCAGGAGGAGGGAAUCCCCAGCUCCUGGCUUCCCAAACGACUCCCUAGACCAUCCUAUAGCAAAUGCAUAUCGAUGCUGUAAUUCUAAUUCCCUCACUGGACGCGGUCCCAGAUGGUGAAUCUUCAAAAUGGCUUAAUCAGACUAGGCUUGCUCAGCUAUCAAAACUCAUUGAAUUUGCUGUCAGACUUGCAGGUUCCUAGGUGAUAAGGUGCAACCAUCUAUAAUUACAGACAGAUCUUCAGGACACCAGAGUAAAACAGCCCGAGACUUCUAUUUUGAUUUGAAACUAUUAGCCAUAAAGCAGAGCAUAUGAAUGGCUCUUCUUGGCUUUCAAUGGCAGUAUGCAAUUUGUAUUGUAUGUAUCUUUUAAUAUAUGUAUAUAUAUAUGAUCUCAGUCUGUUCAAAGUAUAUGUUAUACUUGUUUUUAGAUUAUGGUGCAACUGACUAUAUUGAUAUAUUAUUUAUUGAGUGCUGAAUCACCAUCUUAUUGGUGAUAAAUAUUGCAUAUUAUACAGGAGUGCAAUGUAUGUUCCUUUAGAUUGCUGAGGCUUAAUUGCUAUGAUGACAAAAAACACCCUGAAAUGUAUUUAUGAAUGGCCCCAACAUACAGAGAGUCAGUACUUUAUGGAAAAAAUGUAGCGCUUGCCUGGGGCAAGUAAAAUAAAGCUGUAGGCGGAUAAUUCUGUGGUUUGCCAAAGUGGCAAACUGCUGGAAACAGAGACUACCUUUGCUGUAUUUAAUGCUUCAUUUACCCAACGGAUACUUGCUGUCGCUGCAGUGUUUUUGUUAAGGCAGAUGAUACAAAAGGGCCUGAGCAAGUCAAGUUUGAAUUAUCCAUUGGGGAGUAAACAACUUCCAAAUUCCUAGAUUUCUGACAAAUACUUUGGUCAGGGUUUCUGUUACUCCAACUGAUCAAUCAGUGUUACAGAAAGCCCUGUGUUUCCAAGCAACAAAGUUAAUGCUAGACACCUUUAAGUCUAUAAAGAGUAGCCAAAAGCAUUUGCUAGCCAACUCAGACAAAUCCAGACCUAUUCCAGGAGGCAAAUUUCCCAGGCAGGAAAGCUAGGUCAACUCGAGCCAUCAGGAAAUCAUUCAUGGGCUGUGUCCAGCCCCUUUACCUUUGGAGGAGUCGGUCUGUGGCACCGCGUGGCAGCGGCAGUGCAGGGGAGGCCGGGAGGGCAGGGCUUGGUGAGCCCUCGUCUCGGUGUGAGCGUGGCAGGGCAGCCAUGGGCAGCACUGACUCUCCGCUCCCUGCCCACGCGCGGCUGCGUUUUGGUCAAGUGCACUCUGGGGAGCAGUUUGAAGUGCUGGGAGUUCGUAUGGGCUGUCUUUAUGUCAACCCUUCACCUGUUUUAAUUUCAUCUGGAAGCUUAAUGGGAGCAUAUCCAUUUCUGAUACAGCUCUGUCUCCUUCCCUCCCUCCACACGUGCUCGUGGGUGCCACGUGCCCUGCCAUCAGCUCUGAACUGCGACCCGGGCUGCCACUGCUGCCAGGGCUCUGCAGCGGUUGGGUUUGGCUGCGUUGGCAUUCUACACCUAACAGCUCAACUCUAAGGACCAGGCAUGACUUUUGCAAGCACAGUUUCUGACAUUUUUAUCUGGUCCCCCUUUUAAAUUGUUUUAAGAAAUUUUGUAUAUGGAGGAUAAAGUGCUUAUAUAUUUAUUAAAAAUCCUUUAUCUUAUUUGAAAUUAUUAUUUGGUGAAGAAGGGUUUUUUUGGGGGGAGGGCUUUGUGGGUGGGGAAGGUAACUUUUAACCUGUCACUUAUAAAUUAAGCCCUUAGGAAUCAUACAGAAAGGUACUGCUAGUAACUAAUGGGAUGUCUCUGUUUUACGCUUUGUACAUGACAAGUCCAUGUGUUAUAUUUUGUUUCUAUCAGAAGAUUUAGGCAUCUGUCUUCAACCAAAACCUGGAAAAGAAAAACAAACUGUGAUUUUAUUUGUUGCAAUACAUUUUAAAUUUCAAAGGGUACUUUGGGGCUCAAAAUUAGGAUUUCUAAGUCAGUAUGUGCAUUUCACGUAAUAAAGCUGUUAAUGGUGAGCAAAGUAUUAUAUACUAACUAGAUUUUUUCCACAUCUGUAUAGUAUAUUCUAUGUAUUUUGUGGUAUUGAGAUUAUAGAAAGUUUAGUGUCUGAAACAUGCGUUUAAUGUGUAUUUUUAAACAAAUUUAUGGCAAUUAAAAUAUUUGGAGAAAAGGGUAUCACAUUUCAAUUUGUAAAGAUCUUUUUAACUACUGUGUCAUUAAAAUGCUUUGUACAAUGCAAAA